GUUCCGGAGAGACAGGGCAGACAGGCAGAUAAGGCUCUGGGCUCUCUCCCCUCUGGGGCCCCAGCCAGAGCAAUAGCAGGCCGGUUGCAUAAUCCUUCUAUUUGCCCAGAGCUACAUUUUGUCCUGAAACACUCCACCCUGGGAGGUGAUUGAAGAAGGAUUCAGCAAGGACCAGGCAGGGAAGGGAAUCAGCAGAGGAGCAAGACGUGUGCUGGAUCCCUCGGCCUUCCGCUGCCACCCAAGAGGAUGGAGGCCCACAAUGCAUCCGCCCCACUCAACUUCACCCUGCCACCCAACUUCGGCAAGCGCCCCACCGACCUGGCGCUGAGCAUCAUCCUUGUGCUCGUGCUGUUCAUCGUCAUGUUCUCGCUGGGCUGCACCAUGGAGUUCAGCAAGAUCAAGGCUCACUUCUGGAAGCCUAAGGGGCUGGCCAUCGCCCUGGUGGCACAGUAUGGCAUCAUGCCCCUCACUGCCUUUGCACUGGGCAAGGUCUUCCGGCUGAACAACGUUGAGGCGUUGGCCAUCCUGGUUUGUGGCUGCUCACCGGGGGGGAACUUAUCCAACAUCUUCAGUCUGGCCAUAAAGGGGGACAUGAACCUCAGCAUCGUGAUGACCACCUGCUCCACCUUCUUUGCCCUGGGCAUGAUGCCCCUCCUCCUGUAUGUCUACUCCAGGGGGAUCUAUGAAGGAGACCUGAAGGACAAGGUACCUUAUGGAGGCAUUGUCAUAUCACUGAUCCUGGUUCUCAUUCCUUGCACCAUCGGGAUCUUCCUCAAUGCCAAACGGCCACAAUAUGCACGCUAUAUCGUCAAGGGAGGGAUGAUCACCAUGCUUCUGUUAAGCGUGGCCAUCACAGCACUCUCGGCCAUCAAUGUGGGCAAGAGCAUCUUGUUUGUCAUGAUGCCCCACUUGCUGGCCAUCUCCUCCCUGAUGCCUUUCAUCGGGUUCCUGCUGGGCUACAUGCUCUCUGCUCUCUUCUGCCUCAAUGGACGGUGCAGACGCACUGUCAGCAUGGAGACCGGAUGCCAGAACGUUCAGCUCUGCUCCACAAUCCUCAACGUGACCUUCCCCCUUGACGUCAUCGGACCCCUUUUCUUCUUUCCUCUCCUCUAUAUGCUUUUUCAGCUUGGAGAAGGGCUUCUCCUCAUCGCCAUCUUUCGGUGCUAUGAGAAAAUCAAGCCUUCCAAGAAUAAAACAAAAAUGAUCUACACAGCUGCCGCAACUAAAGAAAUCAUUCCAGCAGCUCUGGGAAAUGAAACCCACACACAGGAGGAAUGCUCCCCUUGCCCGGCCUAGCCUUCGUCCAGUGGCCUGGAUUCUGGUCAGAAGGCAAUUCAGAAGGGAUGUGUGGGAACUUCAGAGAGCAGAGGAAACACCAGUAGUUAUCUGAGUCUUUCCCCAGCAUUUCCAGCCGGAACUAUCAGAAUCCUCAAGCCUUGCCUGGAAGACAAAGAGAGUCUACCCAAAAAGCCUCACCUAUCCCAAGCUUCGAAUUUUGAUACUUGUUUAGAAAAAAAAAAAAGGACACACAUGUUCAUUGACAGCCCUAUGAAAGCAAAAACCAAAACUAUCUUUGUGCCCCUGUAUCUCUAGAACAGUUCCUGACAAGUAUAUAAAAGGCAAUUUCUGAAUUAGUCAAUAAAUAGGUUUUUUUAACCUAAAAUCAAUUACCCAAAUAUUGUUCCAAGUUUUGUGACACAAAAAGGAAAUAAAUGCUCAGAGCGCUGUAGGAUUAGUAGACUUCAGAUGUCCUUUAUACUCUUAAAAAUUCAGAUCCCAUUCCUUCCCUUUUGACAUUAUUGAGAUCAAAGCUCCUGAGAACACAAAUAUGACACCAAG